CGUGCACCCAAAUAGCCGGGAUUAUGCAAAAAUCUUGAGCUGCAUUCGCGACUGUCGCUUAAGUGUUGUGAAAAAGUGUCCUUCCGUGAAAGAAAAGUCGCAAAAUCAGUAGAAAUUCAUCCAAAAGAUCUGUGAUUGUGCUCUAGAAUCGGUUACUCUUCAAGUUUCGCUUCUUGCAGCGAAUAAAGACAGCCUCAAGAGAUGGACAACUGGAACGUGCUGACUGUCCAGUCGGCCUCCACGGCGAUCUCCAGCCAUGAGAUGAACUCCAGCUUCAGGCGCAAGCAUAUGAUGACAAUCGAGAAGCUCCCGGACAAGGUGCUGCUCAACAUCUUCUCCUAUCUCAGCCACCUGGAGAUCUGCCGGAUGGCCAGGGUGUGCAGACGAUGGCGUCAGGUGGCGUAUGACACUCGCCUGUGGAAGAACGUCUCUCUGCGUCCGGAAGUGUCUGGCCUGCAUGUGGGCUCGCUGGAGUCCCUCUUGGGCCUCAUCUCUGUGAGAUUCGGACCGUCUCUGCGGUACAUCGAGCUGCCCAUCGAGCUGAUCACGCACACUGUUCUCCAUGAACUCGCUGCCAAGUGCCCGAAUCUCACUCACAUGCUCCUGGACUUCUCCACUGCUAUGCAACUGCACGAUUUCAGCGAGAUGCAAGCCUUCCCGACGAAAUUGCGCUACAUGUGCAUCUGCCUUUCCGAGGUGAUCUUCAUGGAGGGCUUCAUGCGUAAGAUAUAUAACUUCAUCAACGGCCUGGAGGUUCUCCAUCUCUUGGGUACCUAUGAGAAGUGCGAGGAGGAGGAAGAGGAGAUCUAUGAGGUGAUCAACGUGCACAAGCUCAAGUCAGCCACACCGAAUCUCCGUGUGAUCAAUCUCUAUGGCAUUAACUUCGUGGAUGAUUCUCACAUCGAUGCUUUCAGCUCGAAUUGCAUCCAGCUCGAAUGCCUGGCCGUGAACUACUGCAACAAAGUCACGGGAUCCACGCUCAAGACUCUCAUCCAGAGGUCCAAGCGACUCACGUGCCUCCUCAUGAACGGCACCAGUCUCAAGUCUGAGUAUCUGUUGCAAGUGGAGUGGGACAAGUGCGCUCUGCUGGAGCUCGAUAUCACCGCCACGGAUCUCUCCAGUGAGGCUCUGAUCGAUCUGCUGGUGAGAAUCCCGGCGCUGCGCUUCCUCAGCGCCGGUCAAAUCAACGGCUUCAACGACUCUGUCCUCAAAGCUUGGAUGGAGGGCGGAAAUACCAAAGCCCUGAUCGCCCUGAAUCUCGACGCAUCCGACAAUCUCUCAGACGAGGCACUGCUGAAGUUCCUCACUCGCCAUGGGAAUCAAUUGCAUGCCCUCGUGCUGUCCGGGAUGACGCACAUCACCGACCAGUUGUGGAUGAGCGUCCUGCCCAUCCUCACGAACGCCCGCAUCCUCGUCAUGGGCACCACAGAGCGCCUCUCCGUGAACAUUCACGUUGAUCAGUUGAUGGACGCAAUCGCUUCCUACUGCGCAAAACUGGAACGCCUCGAACUCAAAUGGGAUCCUGAAAACUUGCGAUUCUCCGACAAGAGCCAGAAAGCCAUCGAUUUGCUGCGCGUGAAGUGCCUCAAGUUGCGUUGCAUGGUUCUCAGUGAUGGGCGCUACUAUGAGACUGUGAAGGCAAACUUCGAGCGCGCCGAUCGGACGACAGUUGUGCGCACGACAACCUGCUGCCAGGUGUCGGCUUAUCACCUCCUAAGCAACUACAAUGACUUGGUAUUCAAUUGAUAAGGCAGAUGACCAACGUUUGUUCAUGUUUUCUUGUUGCCACAUUAGCGAAAUAAUAAAUUUGACUGUUUUCUGAGAUGCUCCUGGA